CUCUUCCCUCCACAAUCUCACCAACCCAUCUAUCUAACAAUCAUGCCCAAAUUCCACUACGCCAACUCAUCCGACCCCGUCCCCAGCGACGGCAACGACAACCUCCCCCCCAAAUUCACCAUAAAAGUCCCCUCCCAAACCGACAUCUGGACCAAAGCCCCAACCACAACCCGCUUCAACGCCCCCAUCCUCUACCGACCCAUUCCCAUCUCCUCCUUCCAGCGCAUGCGCGUCACCUUCACCGCCAACUGGGAACACCAGUACGACCAAGGCGGCCUCAUCUUCGUGCUAAACGGCACAGACGGCCCCCGCAAGUGGAUCAAGACCGGCAUCGAGCUGCUCGACGGCCAGCCCCGUCUCAGUACCGUUGCUUGUGACCGCGCCGCGGAUUGGAGUCUCGUGUCUGUCCCUGAGGGCGCCCGCGGCGCUACCGUUGAGGCUGUCCGUGCGAAGGAUGAUUCGCUGUGGAUUUAUCUUGUGGAGGAUGGGGGGCAAAGGACGCCGCUCCGGGAGGUGACGUGGGCGCUGGAGGAGACGGGCGUUAGAGAUCUGUGGGUUGGGGUGUAUGGGGCGAAGCCGUCUGAUGAGGGGGGUGAUUUGGUGGUUAGCUUUGGGGAUUUUGUGCUUGAUUUGGUUUAGAGCUUAGCUGUUCUUUGAUUGGGGGGAUGAUCUUUCAGUGAGUGUGGAACAGUCUGAUCUUCAUGAACUUCUUGAUCUUCCUCUUAUCCAUAUUGUAAGUUUAUAUUUUUACUAGAGUAGGCAUUGG